AUGGGAAUACUAAGAUCAGAGGACAUGUUCCUUUUCAAAUUUGUGGUCUAGAAGGACAACGUCUGGGAGAUUAUAAACAACCUAGGAAGAACUAAGAGUGUGCACUUCAUUGACAUGAAUCGCAAUGAGCAGAGCUUUAAGCUGCCCUACACAGAUAUGAUCAAGCGCUGUGAGGAAACUGAAAGAAGACUUAUAUAUAGAGUGAAGUUGAUCACUCCCCAGACACUCUAACACUUAGAAUAGUCCAUAGAUUCCAUUGGAGAAAACAAGAGGAAGGCUAUGAGUGUACUAUUUGAGGAUAUAGAGAAUGAGAUUAGAGAGAAGGAGCAAUUUGUGAUUAGUCAAAAUGAAAAGAUCAAGUCCAUGAUAGAUAUCUUGAACAUGCAAAUUGAGUAUUAGACUGUUCUAGAGAAGGCAGAUAAGAUCAUUCAUGGCAAGAUAAGAAGCAGAGGCUCCUCGUUACAAGGCAUUCAAAACAAUGACUUUGAAGCCAAUGCUAGCUAGCCAUUUGGAAGAUCUAAAAUAAACUAUUCUAAUGAAGAGGUCAAAGAGGAAGAGAUUUAGUUAUCAGGAAGAUCAAGUGGAGGGUCUAAUAGGUUAGAAUAAAGUUUUAGAGAGGUCUCAAUUAGAUAUGUAGCCGGAACAAUUGAAAAUACAGAAGUAGAAAGAUUCAAAAAAGUCUUAUUCAGAUCUUUAAGAGGAAAGGUUUUAUCCUACUUUGAUGAAUCAAAUGUGAUACUGAAUGAUUUCUAAGGCAAGUCAAUAAGAAAAUGCGUCUAUGUUCUAGUCUUUGAAGAGGGUUCUCAUUUCAUAGAUAAGGUUACCAGGAUAUGUGAAGCGUUCUCAGCUAAGCGAUACUCAUUGCCUGAGGGUGGGCAUACUGACAAAAGCGCUUUUCAUCGUAAGAUCCAGAAAAUAGCUAAAAACAUCACUGAUACCUAGUAAAUGCUUAAGUUCACACGAUAGUAAAUGCAUAAUUACUUGGAAGGUAUAAAUCAAACACAAGGAGUUGCCUUCUCGGUUCAAGAAGUUUAUAAGCUCUUUAUUAAAAAGGAGAAGUCAGUUUAUCUUGUGCUAAAUCAGUUGAAGACUGAGAGGAACUUGUGCUUUGGAUUCUUUUGGUCUAACUUAGCCAAGCAUCAACUAAUGAAUACCAUUUAUAAAUCUGGUCAUGAAGAUAUGAAUCUAUAGUAAAAGAUACAAAUUGAGGACUUCAAUUUUAGCAAGAUUAAGCCGCCUACCUAUAUUUAAACUAAUGAGUUCACUUAUAUAUUCUAGGAGAUAAUCAACACAUACGGAGUUCCCACUUACAAGGAAAUCAACCCUGCUAUUUUUGCCUGUGUAUCUUUUCCAUUCUUAUUUGGAGUCAUGUUUGGAGAUGUAGGACAUGGUUCUUUGCUUUUAUUUAUUGGAACUGUACUUUGUCUUUUCAAUAAUUGCAUUGGAGGAAAUUUCCCUGCAAUGAAGCCUGUACUUUAACUCCGAUAUGUUGUAUUCUUGAUGGGACUAUUUGGAAUGUUUGCUGGUUUUAUCUAUAAUGAUAUGAUGAGUAUCUCACUUAAUGUCUAUGGCAGUUGCUAUAAUACUGAUACAGGUAAAUAUCUUGGGAAUGACUGCAUCUACCCAAUUGGUCUUGACCCUAUUUGGUCUUUGUCAAAAAAUGAACUUUCCUUUUAGAAUUCCCUUAAGAUGAAGAUAUCAGUUAUUCUAGGUGUAAUGUAAAUGAGUCUUGGAGUGGUGUUGAAGGCGUUUAAUGCUGUGUUUUUUAAGAACUCCCUUGAUUUCUAUCACGAAUUCAUCCCUCAGAUAUUGCUAUUGUGGUCAUUAUUUGGAUAUAUGGAUAGUCUGAUUGUGAUUAAAUGGCUUACUAAUUACUAAGGGGAUGAGCAUUCAGCCCCAUCUAUCAUUACUACUAUGAUAAAUCUAGCAUUGAAUGGUGGCCAUGUUGAAGGGAGACCAUUCAUAGGAAGUUACGGAGCUAAUAAAGCCAUCAUGAUUGCUUUGAUUUGUGUUCCUUGGAUGCUAUUCGUAAAACCACUUAAACUCAGAAAAGAACAUGAACAUAAGGACUAAGAGGAACAAAAUAAUCAUUAUCAAGAUUAAAGGAAAAAUUAGUCACCUCAAAAGAAGAUAAAUCAAAACAGCAAUAAUCACUUCAGCAACUUGGCUUCAGAUUAGAUGACAAUAGCUGACUAUGGCAAUAACGAAGACAUCAUUUUAGACUUAAUGGGUCAAGGUGGACAUUAGAAUCAUGAAUUCAGCGAGAUCUUUAUUCACUAAUUAAUUGAGACUAUUGAAUUCGUUCUUGGGACUAUCAGUAACACAGCAUCCUACUUAAGGCUUUGGGCUUUAUCUCUGGCACAUUCUCAGCUAUCUAAAGUAUUCUUUGAGCAUUCUCUACUCCAGGGUAUAAUAGAUGCCUCCCCUGUGAAGAUUUUCGUUUGCUAUUUCAUUUGGGCAACUGCUACUUUUGGAGUAUUAAUGUGCAUGGAUGUCCUUGAAUGCUUCUUACACACUUUGAGAUUACAUUGGGUUGAAUUCUAAAACAAGUUUUAUAAGGGUCAGGGUUAUAAGUUUCAGCCAUUCACUUAUGAUAUUCUUUUUAAAUGA